CCCGCCCCGCCCCGCCCCGCGCCGCGCCGCGCCGCCGCCGCCAUCGCCAUGCUGCUCUGGCGGUUCCUGGCGGCUCCGCGGGUGGUCCCCGCCCCCCGGCGGCUCUCGGCGGCCCCGCCGGGACAGCGACCGCCACCGCCACCGCCACCGGGGCGAAGCGGCGAUGGAGGCUGGGCCCUGCGGCCGCUCUACAUGGACGUCCAGGCUACCACGCCGCUGGAUCCCCGGGUCCUGGACAGCAUGCUCCCGUACCUGACAGCCUACUACGGCAACCCCCACUCCAGGACUCACGCCUAUGGCUGGGAGAGCGAGGCCGCCAUGGAGAAGGCAAGACGGCAAGUUGCAGACUUAAUAGGAGCUGAUUCAAGGGAAAUUAUAUUUACCAGUGGUGCAACAGAAUCAAAUAAUAUGGCAAUUAAGGGUGUUGCAAGGUUCUAUAAAUCCAGAAAAAAGCAUAUCAUUACUACGCAAACAGAGCACAAGUGUGUGUUGGAUUCUUGCCGUUCCUUGGAGACAGAAGGUUUUCGGGUCACAUAUCUACCUGUUAAAAAAAAUGGGCUCAUAGAUUUGAAGGAGUUGGAGGCUGCAUUCCAGCCAGAUACAAGUUUGGUUUCUGUAAUGACUGUGAAUAAUGAAAUAGGAGUAAAGCAGCCAAUUCAUGACAUUGGUGAGAUCUGCCGCGCGCAUAAGGUUUUCUUCCACACAGAUGCUGCACAAGCGGUUGGUAAAAUUCCUGUGGAUGUCAACGCCAUGAAAAUUGAUCUAAUGAGCAUCAGCGGCCAUAAAAUUUAUGGGCCCAAAGGGGUUGGCGCUAUCUAUGUUCGUCGUCGCCCACGUGUCAGGCUGGAACCCCUGCAAAGUGGGGGGGGCCAGGAGAGAGGACUGCGGUCUGGGACUGUGCCCACCCCUUUAGCAGUGGGCCUGGGGGCGGCGUGUGAAGUGGCACAGCAAGAGAUGGAGUAUGACCAUAAGCGAAUCUCACAACUGGCAGAACGACUGGUUACAAAAAUAAUGAAUGAAGUUCCUGAUGUGGUCAUGAAUGGAGAUAGAGAGCAACGCUAUCCAGGAUGCAUCAAUUUGUCUUUUGCAUAUGUGGAAGGGGAGAGUCUUCUGAUGGCUCUGAAAGAUGUGGCUCUGUCUUCAGGAAGUGCUUGCACGUCAGCUUCUCUGGAGCCGUCCUAUGUUUUGCGGGCAAUCGGAACAGAUGAAGACUUGGCUCACUCAUCUAUAAGGUUUGGCAUUGGUCGUUUCACUACAGAGGAAGAAGUAGAUUAUACUGUGCAGAAGUGCAUACAGCACGUUAAGAGGCUGAGGGAAAUGAGCCCCCUCUGGGAAAUGGUGCAGGAUGGAAUUGACCUCAAAAGCAUUAAAUGGACUCAGCACUGAGAAGACAUCGCUCUCUAUGGACUAGAUGUGGAUGUGGAUUAAAAUGCAUUUUCUGUACAUUCCUGAACAAAUUAUGCAGCACUUCUGUUUUUUGACAAUUGGAAUUUGACUAGAAAACUACCCUUUCUGAUCACAAAGUCUAAGAAGCCAAAAAUGAAACUAGUCUUUAUCCUGAAUAAAGGCAGGAUGAUGUAACACCCAUUGUAUUUAUAUUGACACAUACAGAAUUUUAUGCUAAAACUUAAUUUAUUUGGAAAUGUAUUUUCUAAUAAGAAAAUUAAAUCCCUGUUACACCGGGGCCAGUGGAAUCCUGGUGAGGGGUUGUUGCUUCUCAAUGUAAAACAUGUCGUAGAGGUAUUCUGUUUGCAGCACAGACCUAUUGCCAGGCCUCCCGUUCUUUCUGUUAGUGGCGGGCAUCCUGCGACAGCAGCUGGGUUUCUGCUGCUCAAAUGCAUUGUACUGCAAGAAUAUUGUACUUCAGAUAGGAAGCUUGGCAUUUCUGGAGGAAAAGCAUGUGUCACUGUGGCUAUGUGCCUUCACAGUUAAGUUGUACAUGCAGUUAACGGGGUUUUUUUCUGAAACUGUAUUUUUGGCUCUUUUUCCUUGAUUUUACCUUUUUUUGGGUGAUGCUUGUACAGACCAGUGUGCAUUAAUCCAUAACAUCCCUUGGCAUUGCAGCUUGACGCAGUGAUGAUGCACUUUGCUGUCCCCUCCAUUGUGCUUUUUCCAUGCAAUGUUUUUCUAAGUAAGGAAAGAAAACCUGAAUAACUGGGUGAGGGGGUGGGCAGAAUGUGUGAGCUUCAGCUGCAGUACCAGUUUAGCUGGAACUUGAGUGGUAGAGGUGGUGGGGAGAGCAGUUAAAGUGCAAUGUCUCAAUGCAGUUUGGGUUUUUUGUUUUGUUGUGGUUUUUUCUCCCCUUGUGAUGAGUCCUUAGCUGUUACUCAGGGUUUGCCUGUGGGCCCUUGGCCUCUGUCACUUCAGGGAGUCUUGCCCAUUUGAGCCUGGAUGUUUUGUCUGGAGAUAGGAACAUGCGGCUCUGGAUUUUUGUCUGCGUGACAGACUGUACUUCUGUCUGUCUAGAGACUUGCACGGGAAUCCAUUCCCUGCAAAUUCUGGGGGAAAGCAUCUGUUAGAAAGGGUUUGAUAGGACUAAUCCAUAUCAGCAUUUCUCCUUUCUUACCAUUGUUGAUCUUUCCAGUAGGAAACUUAACCCCGUAUUACACAGUGCCUUUGUUUCAGCUGCAUAAGUAGACAGCUCUCAAAUUAGUUUUGUUGACUCAUGGAUGCUGUAUUAGCUGCUGAAUUUAAUAUACUCUAUAGACAGUACAUCUUCAGUCCCGGACGGUAUCUACCUUGAGGACGAGCCACGCAAUGCAAAAGCUGAAGCUAAGUCUCACAAAGGUGAAUUGUGUCACGGAAGCUUGUUCUUUUUCUUUUGUAACCAAGGACAGAUUUGGUUUGUAAUGCAAAGCUAAUCCUCAGUUGUUCUAUUUGAAAUUACUAGCUUUAGCAGUUUCAAUAUUGUAGGGCUGGCACCUUCUAUUUCAUCACAACAUUUUUAAAACUACCGUAUGCAUAAGUAGGUUUUAGAGGUGGUGGUACAGACUGUGUUUUAUCCUUGGGCCAUACAUGUUUUCUGGAUUAAGCAUGUGAUAAAACUUUCCCAGCAUGUUUUAGAACUGUAUGUUUGUGUUUCAUGGAUGAUUAAAAAAAAUAUAGAUAAGACUUAAA